ACAUGUGUACAUAGAGGGCAAGGAAACCGGUUGUUCCAUUUGCUUCGACGAACCGAGUACAGAACAGGUGGAUGUGGAGCACUGAGUCAGUCAACUUUGAUUAAGCAUCACAUCUAUCGUAUCUCCAAAGAAUCACCUGUCAAGAUGGCGAUGGCAGGAUCGACCUUGCUUUCCAAAACCCGCACCCCACCAAAACCCAUGUCUCCCUAUAAAGGCACCGUAGGGACAAGGACUGACGCUGAGCUGGCCCAGAGCCUGGCCAAUAUGAGCAAUCUCUCCGAGACCGGCAUCAGGGGCUCAGCCAUGGGUGCCCCUACGUCCAUGGGCUUCCGGUCCGGCAAGCACACCCCCAAGGAGUGGCAUGAGGCCAACUACUCCAAGUACUACCAGAGCUUCUCAGACAGGGACAAUGCCGAGAGGCUGCGCCACGAGUCCAAGCAGCUGGCCAAUGAAACCGAGGCACUCACGCAGCGUGUGCAGGCCGAUGUCACCAAGAAGCUGGCCGAGAGGAUGCACGACAUCAACUUCUGGAAGUUUGAGCUGAACCGGGAGAUCGAGGAGAUGAUUGAAGAGACUGACCUCCUGUGUGCCCAGAAGAAGCGGCUGGCCAAUGCCUUGGAUGCCACAGAGCUGCCCAUGAUGAUCGCUAGAGACAACCUAGACUGCCGGGCGAGGCGGAGAGAAAUUGACCUGGUUGGAGACAGGGUGGAGUUGGCAUUGAAUAAGGAGGUGGAAAUUAUCAGCAAAGUUCAGGAUCUGCUAAAGAGAACCCUUGAGCAAGCUGACAGACAAAUCAAACUGAACCGAGGUGCCAAGCACAAACUGACCAUGGAUUGGUCUGAUAAGGUCCGAGACUACAACAUUGACGAAAAGUGUGCCAACCUCAACAACAAUUCCACCGAGAUCCAGUACAAAGAGGGCUCGGCUAAGUUUGAUGCAUCGCAAUCUACACCAGAGUCGUGGGCUCAAUUCUCCCACGACAAUAUUGUGCGUGCUGAGCACGAGCGUCUGGCAUCCCAGGCCCUCAGGAAUCUGAUAGACCAGAUCCUGACUGAUACCUCCAAUGACAUGAGAGAACAGUGCAACACAGUCAAUGCUGAGUUCACCAACCGCAUCCAGGAGAUGAACGAUGCUAAGACAGCGCAUGAGAACCACCUUCAGAAGACAGUUGAGGAGAUUGCUGAGAUGGAGAAAAACAUUGACUACCUGGAGCAGGAGAUAAAGAACAAGGAGGCACCCAUGAAGGUGGCCCAGACACGCCUUGAUCACCGAACCCAUCGCCCCAAUGUUGAGCUGUGCAGAGACCCUGCCCAUUUCAGACUUGUACAAGAGGUUGGCGAAAUCCAGAACUCCAUCGACAGACUGGAGCAGAAACUAGCUGACUCCCGGGCCUCGCUCAAUGAUCUGAUGGCCACCCGCAUGUCCCUGGAGCAGCAGAUUGCCCUCAAGAAAAACAGCAUCUUCAUCGACCGCGACAAGUGCAUGAAGUUCCGCACCCGUUACCCCUCCACAUCUAGACUGGUUGGUUACCAGUAAGAUGCAGUCAAUAAGGUCUCUUCCUUGUUUGUCUGAAAGGCCUGGGAAAUUGUUUUGUCCAGGUUUCUUGAUCAAAUAGAAAAGGUGCUAUGUGGAUUGACAAAAUGGCAUUGAACUGCCCACUUGGAAAGAAAAUGAUCCAUAGCAGCUUUAGAAUUAAAAGCAUUUGGAAUUAGUGGUUAAAAAAAAACAUAAAACUGAGACGACCUUAAAGUUUUUUUUCAGCAAUGCUGUCAAGGAACCUUGACUACAAGUCUUUCAAAGAUGAGGAAAACCCUAAAAGGUUUAUUUUGUGAAGACAAUAUUUGUUUUGAGAUACAUGUACACUGAAAGACUAUCUGCCUGGCAAAAUGACAAGAUUAAUUUGGUGACUUAAAGCAUUAAAGGAAUGGGCUAGCAAUUUUUGACAUCUUAAGCUAGUUUCCAGCUUACAAGUUCAAAUCAAUAUUGUAACUGUUGGGAAGGCUAGUGUAGUUUCUGUGUCGACUUCCAACAAUAUCACAGCCAUUAGCCUUGAAUUUAAUAGAAUUAUACCUGCACAAUACAUCCCAAAAAUUCACUUACCUUUUCCAAUUCUUUUAAAACCAAUUUUAUGCAAAAGAAAUUUUGUCCAGCUUGUAAAUAUAUUAGCAAAAGUAUUCAUGCUCCAAAACAUCUUUUCGUGACGUGACAUUUGACAGCGACAGCUUGAUAAUUUUCGAGCAAAUGAGUCUUUCCGUGCACGUUCCCAAAAGUAUCCCUUAAAAAUGUAAAUUUAGAAUGUUGUGUAUAUGUACAUGUACAAUAACCUUUCGUAGCGCUAAUUUAAUCCGUCCUACUUACUUUUUAUCAUAUGAUGCACCUUAUCAUCAUAAUUGCUAUUCAUAAUACCAUGUGCACAUUAAAUGAACUCCUAAAUAGUGCUUGCAAUUUUCACUGUUUUGUCUAAGAUGCUCUGUUUGGUACAAAAAAGUAUUUUAUUUUGCAACUGUAUGUGUUCUGGAAGAAUUUGCUUUCAAUAAAAUUGCAUGAGAUGAGUAAAAAUAGAACUCCUGUUGCGCUUUACUUUGAACCUGUAUGUUAAAGGCAUUAAAGGGACACCGCUUUGAUAAAAGAACUUCCGAAAUCUU